UGUAGAUGCAGUUUUUACAAUUUUUUGUUUUCGUUUGCUUUUUAUGCGAGUGAGCCAUUGAAGCUCUGAAUUACAGAUGCUCGAUUAAAAUUUUCAACGUUUGAAAGCUGAAUCGGGUCGUUUUGCUCCUCUUUCUGCUCCGUUUGUGUCCGACUGGAGGAGGGCGGCUCAAUGAAAAAUGACUUUUUGGAGAGUUGGUCUCCUCCUGAUGUUGACUGUGGCUCUGAGUCCUGUAGUGGGUCACCAAACUCAUGACAUCCAUGAAGAGGAGCACAGAAACAUCACGCUGACAUGUCUGUUCCCUGUUGGUACUGACAUGCCUCCUGAUUCACUGCAAAUAGGCCUGAAGAAGGAGAAAACCCUGAGGAAUAUUUAUCUGUAUGACAGCAGACUUGAAGCUGAGCCGUAUACAGAUGAAUUCUACAAAGGACGACUGCACUGUGAUCCAUCGUUCAUCAGGAAUGAACCAAUCAAAUGUCUCCUGACUGAUCUGAGGUUCAACGAUGCUGGAACAUAUCGGUUUGUUGUUGUUGCUGAUGGAAAAAGAAACAGCGAAACAUUUAACCUUGUAGUUACAGCAUCCAGGGAUGAAACACCAGAGGAGAUUUCUCAGCCAGGGAUUCGGGGAAGAUUCGGGCUCUGUGUGGCUCUUGGGAUGUUUCUUGGGAUGUUUGUGGCUGCACUUGUAGUUCGAUAUGUGAUGUCAAGCAGAAAAAAGAGCAGAUUAACAAAUGAUAAACUCCUUGAAAAGAAAAAUGGCUCGAUCGUUUAGACUUCCAGUUUCUAUAGAUAAAGAAAACUAGUUUUCUUUUUAAGGUUUUCUUAAGGUUGUCAGUUUACUUAAAUAACCUCUGACUACUUACUAAUUUAGCUCUUUCUGGUAUUAGGAUACUUGUUAUUGCAAUAUAAGUCUCCUAACCAGGAACCAGACCAGGUUCUAAGUUGAGUCUUUUUAUGUUUAUAUUUUUAAGCAAAAAGCUCAUUAUGGUCCUUUACCGUCACAUGUUUCUGACAUUCUCACCAGAUGCCUCAGUUACGAGUCUGUAGGUUUAAGGUUGUCAGACAUGAUGAUAAAGAGCUGUGUAAUGUUGGAAGGAUGAGGUUUUACCUAUAGUAUUCAUAUGGUAAAACUUACAUCUCUCUAAUAAUUUAGCUCUUUCUGAUACUAGGAUACUUUGUGUAUUUGGUACAGCAACAAAGAUCUCCUAACCAGGAAUCUGACCAGGUGCUAAGCUGAGUCUUUGUAUUUACAAAGCCACAAAGCUCAUUAUGGUCCUUUACCGUCACGUUAAUCUGACAUACUUUUGUCAGACAUGAUGAUAACUCAGGCUUUAUCUCCAGGAUCAGUGCUUGUAGGUAAAAAGAUGCAGGAAUAUGACUUUUAUAAGUCUCUUAGGAACAUGAUGACAUCAGUUGAUGACAUGUUCCAAGAUCUUUCUGCAUUGGGUCUUUACCUCCUCAGCACCUUGUUCCCAGGAGAUCAGAGCAUGAAGAAUGGCUCUUGAAGAGGUGAAAAGUGUUUUCUAAUAAUAAUAAUAAUGAAUUUAUCACUGAUGCACUUUGUUUUGAGAACGUUCUUGUUCUCAAAGUUAUCAAACUGAAAGAUUUUAUUGCACAUUGAAAUCUUUUUGUUUACCUUUACCUCUGAUGAGUCAAAAAUGUUAAAAACUGUUGUUUUGUCAAACCCAGUUUUAUAAAUCUGACCUGCACACAUUGUUAAUUAUCAGUGUUUGCUGGAAAAAGCUGCAUAACCUUCAUUAUGAGGUUAAACUGUGGCUUAUGUUUACAUACCUUCAUGUUAAUAUGAUAGGUAUGUUUGUUUAGUUUUUUACUUCAAAUGUGAAGUAAUUUACGUUAACAUGGUCAGAAAUUGCUGAUCACUUUUUAUAGUGUUCUCAUCUGACUGAAGUGUUAAUCAAAGAAAUUGUGGGUCAUUCUAUGAAACGGUGUCAUUUGAGUCCACAACAUUUGAUGAGAUUAAAAAUCCAUAAAAAUGUGUCCAACUGUAUUUCCAAAGUUUCAAGCUGUUAAGAUGUUUGUUCUUAAUCACUUAAUAAGAGACAAUGUUAUUUUAAAAGAAAAAUAUACAAUUUUUCAUCAUUUUUAAUUAGUACAUGACCAUUUUUACCACGUCCGCAAUGACCAGCAAGGACUUUACAUGUAACAUAUCAACAAAAAGGGAAGGGAUGGUAUUUAUGAAAUAUAUACACCUGUGAAGUUGUUAUAAAUUUGAAUUAUGUUGUAAAUUAAUUUCUAAAAAAGGACACUUUACUAGUAGGAAAACACAAGAUUUUUAGAAAUGAUUUCAUGUAUUUUUGGUCAUUGUGUGCAUAUUGUCCGUGACGGGGUGGUACAAGAAUGACUCUGUCUGAAUAAGUAUAGGUAAUAUAAAUAUUACAGGUAAUACUAACAUAAUUUAUACCUGAGGUAGGAAAACUUGUUUUUUAGGUUUAAUCUAUCUUUUAUAUUGUGGAUUUAAAUAAUAGUUUUUGCCCCUGAUGAAAAUUUUUAAAUAACAAAGUGGAAAUGCUCCCGUUUCAUAGAAUGACUCUUUGACUCUUACACAUAUUUUUUUGUGUAAUUGUAGAAAUGAAUCAGCUACAGUUUGAACCAACUCGUGUGCAUGUUUGCCACUGAGUACAAAUGGGUCUAACUGUGUUGUUAAUCUUUGUUAUGACACCAGAGUUUGUGAAAAAGUUUGUUUACAACUUCUUCAAGCUGCAGCAAAUGAGGAAUUAAAAGAGCUGCGUAAUGUUGAAAAAAUCCCAACAGGGGUGCAUCUUUUUGCACUGAAUAUGAAAUAUAUUAUAAAUAUGGCACUAAAGCAUGAAGUCUUCUCCGUUCAUUUAGUUUUCUCAGUUUUAGCUGAACUAAGCUUGUAGAACGAUGCAAAACUAUGAACUAUGUAACUUUCUAACUUGCUUUUAAUCAUUUUAAUGUAAUUUAUGAUUUUAUUGUGAUCCAGAUUCUUGCUAUUUGUUGGUGUCUUUUACUAUUUCUUAAUGUCUGUAAUGCUUUUGUUUUAAUGUAAAGCACUUUGAA